AUGAGUUCUCCAACCCGUAAAUGUGAAAGCUCCCAAGAGCACAAAUCAAGUAAUGGUAUCAAGCCCAACACUUUCUUCGAUGUGUACGGACCUGAGGGGAGAGCGGAUAUUACUUUUAAGAAGCCAGAAGCUGACUCAACGUUGAAUUUGCAAGAUGUUCAAGGACUUGUCACUUGGGUGCUUGCUGAAGGAUUCAUGCCAUCAUGGAACAAGCCACUGAUACCAAAAGUUGUUAUGCUUUAUAUCCCUGGCCUUGAUGCUGCUCUGUACUUGUCACAGUCUAAAGUACUCAAUUGUUUUAAAGAAUUCUGUGGCAUUCCAAGGGCAGUUUUAGCUCUUAGUUGUGUAUCAGAUGGAAUUCAGACUAUAGAUGCACUCCUAACAUGCAAGCAGAAAAGAAAAAGAGAUGGAGCUGAGUCAGCCUUGAAGAAAGCUGCAAAGACAUCUGAACAAGGAACUUUUGCUUCUGGUUCAGAUUGCUCAUCCUCUGUUAAUAUUUUGAAAGAUAUUCCAUUCCCAAUUAGGUACUACACACUUACAACAAAGCAACUAGAGGAUAAUGGAUACUGUUGUAACCAACCAGGUUUUCUUUCCACUCUUCCUGCUCCACCGGGAAACCUUCCUCAUGAAAUUUUGGCACUUGAUUGUGAGAUGUGUGUUACAAGUGAGGGGUUUGAGCUUACGAGAGUUACACUGGUGGAUGUUAAUGGACAGGUUGUGUUGGACAAAUUGGUUAAACCAUCAAACACUAUCAUUGACUACAACACUAGGCUGCUUAUCAAUGUUAUACGUUCAGCUGACUUUGCAUUUGCUGCUGGCAUAUAG